CUUGCAGGGUCUGCCCAGCCAUCAGAGGCUCUGCGGCUUUAAGAACUGGGGCUGGCUGCCUGCCAAGGAGGCUGCCUGCAGUUAUCCAGUCAUCCACCACCGUACUGGCCACGUGACUGCAGGCUGCAACAGCCACAGUGGGUGCUGGGACUGGCCUGGGCUUGCAACCCCGAGCUCUGCAGAGCAACCCCCAGGGGUGCAGGCAAGCUGAAGAAAGAGGAUCUUUAUGCCUUUUUGAGGGAAGCACAUUCUGCAAAGCUGUGGAAACAAAGAGAGGAACUGUUUGUAGCCCUGGUCCAGACGUCCCAAACACAACCCUCUGCUGCCCGUCAAAGGACUAUGCAAUGUCCUUCACACUCUGCCUGAAGUCCUGCCCUCCCUCUGUCAUAAGGAGUUGGAUACGACAAAAGAAACCAAGCAUCAGAAACAUGUCCAGCGUGGCUGGGGCCCCAGGGCGGCGGCCGGCCGGCGUGGUGCUCCUGCACAAGUCCCUCGCCCCGGACUUUGAAAAGUUCUGCCAGACCAACAGCGGCCCUCUGCCCCUGCUGGGCCGAAGCGAGCCAGGCGGGUGGGCAUCGCCGGCCCUGGGCGCUGUCCCAGACUCCAGGACAGACCGUCCCCAGUUCCGUAAGUACGAGUUCGGUGCCUGCACGGGCAGCCUGACCUCGCUGGAGGGGCACUCGGAGCAGCUCAAGGACAUGGUGACCUUCUUCCUGGACUACAGCUUCUCCGUGGAAGGGGCCUUGGAGAAAGGGGGGCUCCCCAGAAGAGAUCCAGCAGGCCACGGCCACGGGGCUGCAUACAAGACAGCUGUGCCUUGUGUCACCGUCGCUGGCUUUUCCUGCCCUCUGCUGGUCACCAUGAGGCCCGUCCCCAAGGAUGAGCUGAAAAGGCUGGUGCAGGCCAGUUGCUCCGCGGGGGGUGUGCAGGCACAACCGGUUCACAUCGGCGACCCAGAACUGCUGGGGAUCAAAGACCUCUCCAAACCUGACUACGGGGAUCCCGAGGUGUGUCGGCCGGGGGAUAUCCCCGUGUUCUGGCCCUCUCCCCUGACCAGCCUCGAAGCCGUCAGCAGCUGCAAGACCCCGCUGGCUUUCACCAGCGCCCCGGGUUGCGCAGUCAUGACUGACCUGCGGGACAAGGAGGCUCCGGCCGGUUGCCUCACCGCGGACAGGAUUCCAGAGGUCCACUGCAUUUCCCAAGAUCCUUUGCACUACAGCAUCACAUCAGCUUCAGCGGCUCGGAAGAUCAGAGAACUGGAGACUGUAAUUGCCAUAGACCCAGGCAACCGGGGCAUCGGGCACCUGCUCUGCAAAGACGAGCUGCUAAGGGCCUCGCUGUCGCUGUCCCACGCCCGCUCGGUGCUCAUCACCACCGGGUUCCCCACGCAUUUCAACCACGAGCCCCCGGAGGAGACAGACGGCCCGCCAGGGGCCCUCGCUCUGGCCGCCUUCCUGCAGGCACUGGGGAAGGGCGUCUCCAUGGUCGUUGACCGGAGAGCCCUGCGUUUGUUCGAGAAGCUUGUUGAGGAGGCUGUGGAGCAAGGUGUUAUGAAGACGGGCAUCCCCAUAUUAACUUACCCAGGUGGGUCAGCGGGAGCUGCGCAGGCGCUUCUCUGCGGUGAUGGGGGCCCCAGGUCUCCUAGAUUCGACCACCUGGUGGCGAUAGAACGCACAGGAAGGGCUGCCGACGGCAACCACUACAACGCGAGGAAAAUGAACAUCAAGCAUUUGGUCGAUCCCAUCGACGAUCUUUUCCUCGCAGCCCAGAAAAUCCCUGGAAUCUCGUCAACCGGGGUCGGGGACGGAGGCAAUGAGCUUGGGAUGGGCAAAGUCAAGGAGGCCGUGAAGAGACACAUACGAAAUGGGGAUGUCAUCGCCUGUGACGUGGAGGCUGACUUUGCUGUCAUCGCUGGUGUUUCCAACUGGGGAGGCUAUGCCUUGGCCUGUGCUCUGUACAUCCUGAACUCAUGUGAGGUCCAUGGACGUUACCUGAGGAGGGCCACUGGGCCCUCCAGAGCACCUGGGGAACACAGCUGGACUCAGGCGCUCCCAUCCGUCGAUAAGGAAGAAAAAAUGAUGGGCAUCCUGGUGCGGCACAAAGUCCGCAGCGGCGUCACGGGCAACGUGGGCAUGGAGGUGGACGGGCUGCCCUUCCACGGCACCCACGCCCAGAUGAUCCAGAAGCUGCUGGACGUCACCACGGCGUGCGGGUGACCACGUCGGGGUCAGGGAAGGAGUCCCUGCGGACCCAGCUUCUUCCUGCGGCUGCCGGCCCUGGGGGGGCUGGGCUGUCCCGCUCCCUGGGGGGGGGCAGUGCGGGUGGGCCAAGGAGCCGUCCCUCUGGGGUCCCCAGUUCCCGAUGUUGUUGGAAGGUGCCGGAGGCAUUGGCUUCAACCCUCCUGCACCCCGGCUUCUCCAGGCCACCCUCGUGGUGUGCUCCGAGAGUCUUCCGACUCACCCCCCACAGGGACCGCGGCGUGGGCAUCGCCGGGCCGGGAACAGCCCCCAGGCUGACAUUGAAAUAGUAAAGUGCACACACGUGUGGUGUAUGUUCACGAAACUCUGGGGCUUCACUAAAGGUUUUCUCAGCACCAUAAACAGCAAAAUAUUUAUACGUGUGAAA